AUGUUGAAAUCACGCUCAUCGUCAUACGAGCCCGCAUUCGCGUCGUCGCCGAGCGCGCAAAAGAAGGGAGAGAGAGCGGCUCGACACUGGGUCCAGCUUUUCUCCUGUGCCCCUCUUGUUAUCGACGCAAUCAUUCUCUGCUAUGGAGCCUCGUUCACGCUCACGCUGACGGUCUUCCAGGCCUUUUCGUCUGCCGGUCUGGGAGAGGUGAAGCGGGGACUCUCUGUGCUGCGGCAGCGACGCGCGCUCUUCGACCCAGCCUCGUACCAGCCCGUGAUGUCGGGCUUGUACUCGGGUGGCUUUGCAGCAGUAACGGUGCUGCGGAAUGAGGCGGCUGCCGCAGUCGCCGUUGGCGUCGACAUGGGAAGGCGGGUAGGUGGCAUUCUCGAGGGGCUGUUGCCACGAGCGGAGAACGGCGGUGCAUAUCAAGAGGAAUUGGAGCCGAUGGCAGACGGCCGAUCGGAGGUGUCGGAGAUGUUGUCUUCGCCGACCGGAGGCGGAGCGGCCUCUGCGCCUUCCACGUGCAUGAGAGGCUACCGUCGGCGAUGGGCAGCCGCGCUCCUUCUCGGUGUCUCUGUGUCGACGUUUCUCGCCCUCGCGCUCCUCUACGUCCGCCCGACCGCCUUCUCCGCCGCGACGGAGCUCGCAAAGCUGGAGGGGAAGGCCUCGGUGCUCCACGCCAUCUCGCGCGGCAUCAAGAUCGUCACCGCCGAGUGGGUGCUCCGCUCUUUCGAGGCGAGGCGCUGGCUGCCGACCGAGCCCUACAUCGCACUGCAGCCGUCGCCGGUGCCGGGGCGGCAGCUCGACGGCGCUCGCUUCUUCCUUGGCCCGUCCCUCGCCAAGUUCUCCGAGAAGCAGCUGCGCGACCUCGUGCACGUCGCGGGCGGCGUGCCGACGGCGCAGGCUCGCGCGCAGUACGUGGUCGGCACCAACCGCAAGCUCGAGGGCCAGGAGCGCGUGACGGAGGAGGCCAUCAUCAGCCAGAUCCUCGGCGAGACGGACGGGCUCGAGCUGCACCUUAAUUCGCCCUUAGAGGAGGGCGAUGGCGAGAGCGACUCGGAGGAGUUCUAA